UCAACCCCCUGUUCCUAAUUCCAUUGCAGCUGCCUUGCUGCCCCGCACCUCCCGAGCACCCACUGCCUGCUGUCGAUCACGUUCAACCAUGCAGUUCUGCACCUCGCCCUCGCUGCCACUAAUACUCAUGUGCUGCCACCACCCCUGCUAGUCAUCCCGAUCCACCUAGCCGAUCUUCGUCACCAUUGGAAUACACUUAGAGAAAUUGACCCGAAGGAAAACAGGAAGUAAGCUAACCCACAUCUUCUCUAGUUAUUUGCCUCAAGGUUUCUAUGGCACCUUCUGAUUUCUCGGAUAGAAAGACCAUAGAGGAGAGACGAAAUAGAGGGCCUCCAUUUAUCUUAUUACUGCCUCUUAUCUAUGCCCCUAUUCUUCCACUUAUUAGAAUUGGCCUGAGGCGUAGGCCGGUGUUAAGGGAUAGACUGUUCUUUGGGGUGCUUGCCGGUGCCUUUGCUCACGGCACAUAUUUGGUAACUGAUUUAUAUGAUGUUGAGGGUAGGUGAAAUGCAGGCGACGUUUGUGGAUUGCUCUACUUGUUCUUGUUGAACUUCAAAACUGUGUUAAGGACUCACAUCUAUAUAUACAUUAUUUUUUUCUCCCCAUUUUUUUUUCCGAUUUUUUCUACUGUAUUAUCCCGCAUUAA